GAAAGAUGUUAUUGGGGGUGCGGCAGAGCAGCCAUGAUUGAGUGGAAUGACCGCGCCGCCGAAGAAGGUUACCUACUGGGAUUACUACCGAAACAGAGAAUUUAAGAAUUUAUUAAUAUUUUCGAACAAAUGUAAAUAGUGUUAAUAAUCUGACUACAUAGGGUAGGAACAAACAACAUCAUGUUUCUUUUGGAGCAAAGUUUUGAUUUCCCACGUGAUCGAAAUCGUCCAAUAGGAGGCCUGCUGACGUUGCUGGAAAAUUAUGUCCUUUGUUGAGGUUUGUCCGAAAUAAUUGAAAAAAAGAGAGAAACUUUUACAUUGGUUUAGCGAUAUAUUCGUAAAUCGAUGGAACAUGUAUACUUCACCCUGGAUGUGUGGAUGAGUAUCGUUGCGCUUAUUUUUUAAGCGAUGCCUUGUUUUUGGAAACACAACUGCGCCAGGAAUUCGAUCCUAAUCACAUAUCACAUGACGACUGUCCUCCCCUCCCCCACCCUUGUGCAACGAAGGGGGAAAGUCGGACAUGUUUGGAGGAAAUGUUGAAUAAAGAAACGUGGCUGAAGACAAGAAGAAAAACGAGGAAAUCUCGGACGUUUUUGGAUUUUAGACGGAUUUUAUUUCUUAUUGUUAUGACAUUAUUUGUGGUACCUGUUUUUCUUGUGUUUUUCACAAAGGGCACAUGCACUUUGCCAUUUUCAUCUUAUUUUAGCUGCUUAGUUAUGAAUUACAUUUCAUGUAACAUAUCAGAUGGAAAGGUGACUCUUAACAAUCCUUAUGGACUAUGUUUGGCCUCGAAAAGUACAUUUUGUUGUGGUGUGUCAUUGCAGCAAAUGUGUAACCUUGCUGUGGGGGUUGGGUAGUGUAGUGUAUCAUUAGAUAAGGAAACAAAGCAACGUGGUCAGCAAUUGAAAUGGUUCUAAAUUAUUUUGGUUGCUAACUUCUGUUUUUCUUUCUGUUGAGAGAGCCAGGCCUGGUAUUGGUUGUUCCAAGAGAGUAGGCUGCUAAGUGAGACCAGAAUGUGGUAUCAGGGUUAUUUUAGUUUCUAGGUUUUCUGUUAAAAAAAAAUGGCGUCUUAAUGUGUAUUUGUACAGACAGCAUGCCACAGAAAGGAGAUUUAAUGUUAUUUUUGGGAACUAAUGGGAAGUGUUGUUACUGUAGGUUUAUUGUCCAUUUGAAAUGGCUGUUUCGUUUAAUUUGAGUACUUGUUAACAUAAGUUGUGUUUCGUUGUCCGGAAAGGUGAUAUUCUGCUAGUAACUUUGAAAGUGCUGUGUCAUUUCAAUGGAGGACAUUUUCUGUAGGCCUCCUGAUAUCCGCCCUGUUGGAACAAGCCAGUUAACAGGGGUCACGUUGAUCCAGUUUUUCCAGGAUUUGGCUGUUAAACAUAUUGUUCACUACAGUGGUCACUACCACGUGUAUAAAAUGAUGCAAUAUGUGCCUUUAACAAUUGAUAGGAAGUAGGACAUUAAUGCGUUGUGGGGUACGACGAUUGUUUUUUUGUUUUUAAGUUCACUUACAUGGACAGUUACAUUUGUCGUGGGAAAGGCUUUUCUAACAUGCACGAAAUGUGAGUUACAUCGUAGUGUGUGGAUUAGUCACGACGCCUUAAAAUGGCGACUGCUCGUGCUUGCAGGGCGAGCCGACUGCGGGGAAGUAGAAAAUAGCGUGGUGGUGUCUCAGUGGUGUAUGUGGCAGUAGUCUGAUACUCGUGAUGCAAUCAGCCAAGCCAAUGGCGUGCUCAGACGUCGCGCCAUGAGCCCGCGCUUGGGUGUUCACUUUAAAAGCAAGGAGGUUUCGAGUCCAGCAAUACAACAAACAAAUGCUAUUGCGCUAAUAGAUGAGUAGCUUCUGUAAUGUUGAAAUGGUCAAAAUGCAAUGGUUAUUGAAGGUGUGCUGCUAAAGUGCGCCAGAGAUGCUCGCUCAAUUGGAAAUCGAUGGCGCUGAACCGGUUGUGAGGGAUAGGGUGGGGUUUAUGUGAUUGACUGCAAGGCAAGCGAAUGGCUUGGUCGAAGGCGUGGCCUUUUCUGGGCUCGUGCGCCAAUAGUGUUAAUAGGCGGUUUAUAAAUAGUCGGGCGGAUUCGUUUUGUCGCCAUUUCACUGAAGCCGUGUACUGAAGGUUGGAAGGAGACUGGGAGAAAAGAGCAGGCAGCUCGGGAACCUGAGAGACGGGUAUACUAAACAGAAUCCGGAUCCAUCCUGAUGGAGACGGCCUUAAACCCGCCCCUUGACAGCCUCGCUCUGGGAGGGGCGGACCUGGUCAUGCAGGGGGGCCACCUCGCCACCAUGACGGACCAACACCACGGCUUGGUGAUGGGGGUCGGAGGAGGAGGAGGGCAGGCGGCCAAGCGCAUCCGCAAGCCGUCGCAGCUGUACGAGGGCUUCGAGGGCACCCCUCUCGGCCUCACCUCCGCGCCGCCACCCCAGCCCGCCGUGCGGGACCUCACCCACCCCGUACGACUGACCAAUCAGCUGCAGUUCCUUCAGAAGGUGGUGAUGAAGCACCUGUGGCGGCACCACUUCGCCUGGCCCUUCCACGAGCCUGUGGACGCCGCCAAGCUCGGCUUACCCGACUACCAUAAGAUCAUCAAGCAGCCCAUGGACAUGGGCACCAUUAAGAAGCGCCUGGAGAACAACUUCUACCAGGAGGCCAGCGAGUGCAUCCAGGACUUCAACACCAUGUUCACCAACUGCUACAUCUACAACAAGCCCACAGAUGAUAUCGUUCAGAUGGCCCAGGCAUUGGAGAGGGCUUUCCUCACCAAGAUCGCCCAGAUGCCCGAGAAGGAGGUGGAGCUGGCCGCACCCAUGCCCGUACCCAUGCGCGGUAAACCAGGCAAGCCCGGCAAAGGACGCAGAGGCGCACUUUCAGGUGGCAUAACCACAGCCCACCAGGUUCCUGCCAUCUCGUCCGUGUCGCAGUUGGCGUACUCGCCCCAGAUGUUGGACUCGCCAGACACGCACAUCUACUCGGUGCCCCCUCAGACCCUGCUGGCCAAGAGCAUACCCCCCAAUCCCCCCGCCAUGCUCACCAUGCCGCCUACACAACCCACCACCAAGAAAAAGGGCGUGAAGAGGAAGGCGGACACCACCACCCCCACCACCAUGGCCAUGCCCAUGAUGGGUGUGGGUGGCAUGGGCCUGGGCCUGGGUAGCGGCGGGGACUCCCCGCUGGCCCUCUCCUCCCUGGGGAUGAACAUGGGCAUGGGCAUGGGGAUGGGCAUGGGCAUGAACAUGGGGGGUAUGGGGAUGGGCAUGGAGAUGAAGCCCCCCCAGGUGGGCAUGAUGGGGGUGGGCAUCGGCAUGGGUGGUGGACGAGGAGGGGGGAAGGCAGGGGGGCAGGGCGGCGGGCGGCGUGGGGGCAGCGGACGCCCCAUCAAGCCCCCCAAGAAGGACCUGCCGGACUCGCAGCUGCAGCACCAGCCGUCGCGCCGGGGCAAGCUGACCCCCCAGCUGAAAUACUGCAACGGCAUCCUCAAGGAGCUGCUGUCCAAGAAGCACUCGCUCUACGCCUGGCCCUUCUACAAGCCCGUCGAUGCCUCCACGCUCGGCCUGCACGACUACCACGACAUCAUCAAGCAUCCCAUGGACCUUAGCACCAUACGGAGGAAGAUGGACAGCCGCGAGUACAGGAACGCUCAGCAGUUUGCCGCCGACGUGAGGCUCAUGUACUCCAACUGCUACAAGUACAACCCACCUGACCACGAGGUGGUCGCCAUGGCGCGCAAGCUACAGGACGUGUUUGAGUUCCGCUUUGCCAAGAUGCCAGACGACCCCCUGGACCAUAAGCCCUCCCUGCCACUAGGGGGCGGCCACUCCUCCUCUUCCUCCUCUUCCUCCUCCUCGUCCUCCGAUAGCGACCUGAGCAGCGACAGUGACAGCGAGAGCAGUCCCAGCUCGGACAGCGAGGAGGAGAGAGCAAACAGACUGGCUGAGCUUCAGGAACAGCUGAGGGCGGUGCACGAGCAGCUGGCCGUCCUGUCGCAGGGCCCCAUCGUCAAGGCCAAGAAGAAGCGCGAGAAGAAGGACAAGAAGAAGAAGAAGAAACCGGAGAAGGAGAAGCAGAAGCAUCGAGGCGGCCACGGAGGAGGAGGAGGUGGCACCACCAUGCCACAUGCUGACAUGAUGAUGAUGAUGGAGCCCAUGAUGAUGCCCACCAUGAGGCCUGCCAAGACACCCAAGGCCCCCAAGACGCCCAAAGCGGCCAAGACGCCCACCUCCACGCAGGGGAAGAAGGGAGCCGCCAAGAAGAGUGGCAAGACCAAGUCUUCCAAGAAGGCUCUCCCGCCUCCCGUGCCGCUGAUCCCCCACUACGACUCCGAGGAGGAGGAGGAGACCAGCCCCAUGUCGUACGACGAGAAGCGCCAGCUGAGCCUGGACAUCAACAAGCUGCCGGGCGAGAAGCUGGGCCGCGUGGUGCACAUCAUCCAGGCGCGCGAGCCCUCGCUGCGCGACACCAACCCCGAGGAGAUCGAGAUCGACUUCGAGACGCUCAAGCCCUCCACGCUGCGCGAGCUGGAGAGAUACGUCAUGACCUGCCUCAGGAAGAAGCCGCGCAACCCCAACGUGGUGCGUAAGAACGCUGCGGGGAAGAGCAAAGAGGAGUUGGCCCUGGAGAAGAAGAGGGAGCUGGAGAGGAGGCUGCAGGACGUCAGCGGACAACUCAACUCCGGCAAGAAGCCCAACCCCAAAAUCAAAGCGGAGAAACCAGCUACCGUGGAGCCCCACGCCGUGCCCUCUCGCCUCAGCGCCAGCAGCUCCAGCUCCGACUCUUCCUCCUCCUCCUCUUCCUCUUCCUCCUCCGGCUCAGACACCAGCGACUCGGACUCGGGCUGAUGGGGACCUCUGGUGGCCGGAAGUGGGCAGUACGGGCCCUUAGCUUAGCGUGGCUCACCCUCCCAGACCAGAACCGAAGCUGUACGGCGGGGCCCCCUGGUGGUUACACCAGAGAGCAUGUUGGCACCAGGGCGGGCAGCCCAGAGGAACGCUUCCCUCUUUACCAUCAACCACCUCCUGAGCUGUGUGUGAAGAGCUGCAUGACAUGUCAAGUCACCACAGAGGACAACAAGAGAAAGAAAGAGGGGUGUGGAGAGAAAGAAAGGAGAGGGGGAGAUGAUGAGAAGACGAUCUCCCUCUACAACUCUCCUGAAAACAAGACAGAGAAGGGAGAGCUCGUACUGAAUGGAGGGAGUACACUUAAAGACGGACACAUGAGGUGGCAGAUCCUCAGCUUUGCCACCCCAAUCCCCCCUAAAUUCCCUUACCAUGUAAAUACAUGUCCCAAUAUAUAUUUUUCUUUUAUAAAGAAGAAUUUCCAAAGGAUUCCCCAAAUGGGGAAAGAGAAUGAGUGGUCAGACAGGUUUUUUUUGUUUAUUUGUUUUUCUUUCCCUUCUUCUCAACAAGGAGUUAGAAGUCUGUUGGUGUGAUUUUUAAGUGUAAGACACCCGGGGCCUAUACUAAGAAGCUGGUUCAAGAGUAAACCAGGUUAAGCUAAGAGGUAACCCAUCUAAUAGAGGUUUUGCCCCUUAACUUACCGUAACCUGGUUUACUCCUGAACAAGCUUCUCAGUAUAGGCCCCUGUGCUGCUUUUUAAAAGACUCAAAUGCACCCAAAAACCAGGCCGGUGGUGUUUUGUAGCUUGAUGACAUGGUUCUACAUUAGAUACAUUUAUGUGUUUUUUGUUUUGUUUGUUAAUUUCUUUUGUUUUUACCUUAAAGAAGGAAUCUUUUCUUCUUUCCUUCCCAUCUAUUGACUUCUACUCUUUCAUCAAUCCACACAUUUUCCUGGCCAUCAGCAGCUUGUGUAGACUACACUGACUAGCGUUCAAGCUCUGGCUUUCAUUCAUACGUAUGGGCGUACAACUGUAGAAAUGUGAUGUGCAAACAGUGAAGGCCCCAGCUCAGCACCUUGUGUACAUACAUCCCAUCCUCCACCAUUCAUCUCCUUUUCUGUUACUUUUUUCAUGUCCUGACCUCCAUCGCCAUGCUGAUCCAAGAGCCAGACUGAUUGGAUGGAUGCGAUGUGUCACAGACAGGGCUCUAAAUUAACACCUGUCAACCAGCCAAAAACUGACGAAAAUUCAGUUUGGCUGGAAGACAAAGAAAAGUUGCUAGCCGCUUUCACUCGUUAGUGACUGUGUGUUUGGCUAGUUAGAGGAACAUAAACUAGCCAUUUUGGCUGGUGGUGAAAAAAGUUAAUUUAGAUCCCUAACGAGAGAGUCUACUCUGUAAAAAUGCAAUGAAGCUUUAUCAGCCGCCCUCCCCCCCCCCUCUUCUAUUUCUCUGUCUUUUUUUCUUUUCCUUCUGUCUUUUUUUUUUUUUUUCAUCGGGUGUGCUUGUGUGUGUAUGUAUGUCUAUAUAUCAGUUAUUAUUUAUUUGCCUGGAGUCUUCAGAUGCCUAAUGCAGAUCUUUUUAACAAUUGAAUGAAUUCUUACUCACAAAUGAUCAUUUUUCACCUCCUGUUGAUUCGGGAGUGAUUGUAAUUAUUAUUAUUAUUAUUAUUAUUAUUGAUGUCGUACUACGGCUGUACUACUGCACGGGACUAUGAGUCCAUUCAUGGCAAUGCAGCACAAUAGUCCUUUUAGGGUAUUUUAUGGACUUAAUCAAAACAAAAAAGACGACACAUGUACAUAGAUAGUUGUACAACUGUGAAGCAUGUUUGUAGCUAUCGAAAGACAUGGUUUACCCUCUUUUUUUUCUCCAUAUGAACUGACUUCUGUGUUUUUGUUGAUUCUUUUUUUCUUUCCAUGUGACUUAUUUUUGUUUCUGCCUCAUUUUCUUGCCUUGGGGUUUGUUUUCUAACUAAAAAAAGAAACAGUAGUCAAGCUACAGGCAUCAUCCCAACUCUUUCUGAAGUAGGAUCAACUGCUUCAGGAUCCCACCGUUUACGUUUGAAAAACAAUAAAAGCAAUGGCCAUUCUUUAAAAAAUA